AUUCAAAAAAAAUAGCGAGUUAUAUCAACAUUACACUAGACAAAGUAGUUAUUUUCAUAAAAGCAGCCAAUACAAUAGAGCAGGGCAGAAGUCAUUGUUUGUGUUUGGUUUGAAACUAUUCCAGGAAAUAGCUUGUGGGUUUGCUUAGCUAGACUACAAAAAAUUCAAAAAAACCUGCUUCAAACACUAAAGAAUAAUCAACUUAUAUAUAGAGUUAAAAACUGUGUUAUUACAAACAUGGGUGCACUUCUUGCAGGUCAGAUGAAGUCUACAAUGGAUGAAAAUUUUAAAAAAAAUCAAGAGUUUAUGUUAACAACACAAGAGUUGCAGUUAGGUCGACAAAUGGCUAUGCAGCAGUUGCUUCAACAAAAAAUGAUGGCUAUGCAACUUGCUCGUCAAAGAGAAAUGUUUACCUGGAUUGCUUCAUUUUCUGCUACUGUUUCUUUAGGUCUUCUGGCAGGAUUUGCAAGAACUAAAAAACCUUCACUCAUUGGACCUAUUAUUCCAUUAGGAUUUUUAACUGCUUACAAUUAUGACAUGGUUUAUGGGAAUAAAAUGGAACGAAUAAAAAAAGAUGCAGAAUACAUACUUGAAAAAGAUUAUAAUCUCGUGGCUAUGCCAAAAGGACCGUUAACUUUUGAAGAAGUUGAAAAUUUUCGUAAUGUAAAAUAGACUCUAAUAAUACUUGAAAUGAAUUAUUGUAAAUAAUUUUGUUUUAUUAUUUAA